GAGCGCGAGGACUCCCUUGGUAUCCUAUUGCCGCUCGUCGUGACACCUCAACCGACAUUUCUUAGGAACAACACGGUUUCCAUUACCUUAAUUUUGAACAGUUAUAGAAAACCAUAAAGUACUUGAUCCGUAGCCUAUAUAGUACGUAGGCUAUUUUCAAGUACUCCAGGCGACAGACUAAAGAACUUGACACUUUAUAGAGUAAACACGUGCGCUUGGCAAAGUCCUCUCAUCACAUUGAUGUGGAUUUUUCAAUUCAUCGAAGAAAGUCUGUGAAUAUAUAUUUCCUUGGGUGUUCAGGAAUUUGCCUUUUCCUGGGAUAAGUGAUCAUAACGGUCCCUGUUAUCCGUGGAGUAGGUGUGGCAGAGGUGUGGGACUGAACCUACUGCUGCUGUUUGUCCAAGGCUGAAAACAUCGGAAAAGUUUCAUCAUGUAAGGGUAUUCCCCAAAACAAUGUGCUACAUCACGUGAUGACUAAAGGAGACACUCCUCCUGACAGUACAAUCUAAUGUGCUCGAGAUGGCCCUUGCAUGUGUCCUGCUUCAGCUCCUCCUGCUUGGUGCCAGUGGUGUCCAGCCAGAGCCCAGAUAUCCACGUUUCUCCUCCAAUGACACCGUGUUUGAGCACCUGGCCCUGCACCCUGACCCCUCCGUGGGCACGGUAUACGUGGGGGCUCGGGACCGCCUCUUCCAGCUGGACGGGCUGGACGGCCUGCGCCUGGAGCAGGAGGAGCGCACGGGCCCUGUGAGGGACAGCAAGGACUGCCUGCCGCCGGUCACCGAGGCCCACUGCCCCCACGCCAGCUACGCCAGCAACCACAACAAGCUGCUGCUGGUGGACCCCUACUCCAUGCAGCUCAUCACCUGCGGCAGCGUCCACCAGGGCACCUGUCAGAAGCGCAGCCUGGACGCGGUCGGCCGGGUGCUCUUCUCGGCCGAGCGGCCCGUCGACACGCAGCACGUGGCGGCCAACGACCCGAGCGUGUCCACCGUGGGCCUGGUGGUGCGUCCGCGGCCCGAGGCUCCGCCAGUGCUCUACGUGGGCCGCGGCUACACCAGCAGCCAGCCGCCCAUCUCCACGCGCCACCUCACCACCGAGCCCGUCUUCUCCUACGAGGAGACGGCCAAGCUAACCGUGGCCGGCCGCCAGUCCGAGUACGACCACCAUUUCGUGACCACCUUCUCCCGCCGUGGACACGUGUACUUCCUGUUCUACAGGCGAGACCUCAAGGCCGCGUCACGCGAGUACCGGACCUUCGCGGCCCGGGUGUGCCUGGACGAUGCUGCCUACUAUUCCUACGUGGAGGUGCCCCUGUCAUGUCACUCUGUCACAACAGGGAAAAAUUACAACCUCCUCCAGGCAGCCCAUCUGGGCAGCCCCAGCUCUGGGAAUGAGCUGCUGGUGGGAGUGUUCUCUCCCUGGGUGAGCUCGGCCGUGGGCCCUGGGGACGAGUCGGCUCUCUGCUUCUACCAGCUGGAUCAGCUGGACCGUCAGAUGGAUGCCACGCGAGACUUGUGCUACACUCAGACGGGAUUUGAGGGUGGCGUUGAAGUAGCCUACAUAGAGUAUGAUGUAAAGUCCAACUGUGCUAAUCUGCCAACGAACACCCUGAAGGCAUAUCCCUGUGGCUCUGACCACACCCCCAGCCCCAUGGCCAGUCGCACGGCGGUGGAGAGCAGGGCACUCUGGGAUAGCUCCACCACUCGCCUCACCGCUGUGGCCGCUAGCGUCGGAGACCAGCACACCAUCGCCUUCUUAGGAGACUCCAAGGGAAACCUACAUAAGGUGUUCGUAGACUACGCCACAGGGCAGGCAGAGAGAUAUGCCACCAUCUCAGUCCAGCCUGACUCCCCCAUCAACAGUGACCUGAUCCUGGACAAGGAGCACAAACACCUCCUCAUCAUGACCAGCAAUGCUGUGUUAAGUGGGCCCUACGCCACAGGGCAGGCAGAGAGAUAUGCCACCAUCUCAGUCCAGCCUGACUCCCCCAUCAACAGUGACCUGAUCCUGGACAAGGAGCACAAACACCUCCUCAUCAUGACCAGCAAUGCUGUGUUAAGUGGGCCCUACGCCACAGGGCAGGCAGAGAGAUAUGCCACCAUCUCAGUUGUUUUGAACGUUCCAGGCUUGCCCAGUCUGUCCGAAGAGGAAGCCUACAGAUGUGUUUUUAAGGACACUGAAACUCCUGCCUCUGUGCAGGGCACCACAGUUACCUGCCACUCUCCAGGCGCAAGGAGGGUUCUAUCCAUCAGCCAAGGAGAAGACUCGGUCACAGUUCCCCUAUCACUCCGCUUCCUCAACAUCACAGUUGCCAGCCAUAUGUUUACCUUCUAUGACUGUGGUCUGGUCCAACAACUGUCCCCUACUAAGCCAUGCACAGGCUGUGUAAGCAGUCGCUGGAGCUGUAACUGGUGCAUUCACCAGCACUUGUGUACACACAAACUAACCUGCAGCGAGGGGGUCAUCAUUUACAAUGAGCAUUUCAAACUCCCAACAUCUGGCCCCACAACUACAAAAGCUGUCAAUAGAUUAGCCUCAACCACACAAAGUCCGACAAAUCCGACCACAGGAGUUCACUCAGCGACUGCAUCAGGAGCUUCAAACAUUGCUUCUCCGUCCACCACCCCAGAGCCCACGCUGGUUCCCACAACGCCACCUCCCACUGCUGCCACCACGGCCCUUCUGCCACCCACGCUGAACCAGGCCACCACUGUGGCCAGCGCGCCCACCGCCACCACUCCUCUGGCAGGGACACACACGACAGAGAGCGGGCACGCUGCCGCUGACCAAAGCCUCAGCAACAACAGCACUCGGGUGGAGGAAGUUCUGUGGACUCAAGGUUCUCAAAAUGAUUCUCUGCAAGACGUUGGAGAAGAGAAGGAAACAACCGAUUCAUCGCUAGAGGAAUCUGUUCUGGACGCUGGAACCACCCCUGUGACAAGUGUAGUGGAGCUUCCACUCGAUGAAGACAUGAUCCCUCCAUCCCCUGUCCCAGAGGCUGCUCGCACCACUCCCCCGCUCGUUGAGUCUGAUGAGGAGGCUGGGGCGGAGUUGUAUGUGUCAUCUGCCACAGUGCCCUCUGGGGAUGGGGAGGGGGAGAGCAGCCCACCCGACUUCUCUCAGAGCCCAGACAUGGACUACCAGUCUGACUCAGCUGAUUUCUAUCUACCGGGGGAUGAGGGCUCGUUUGUGAGUGGAGGCUCUUAUGCCUGUCCCUGUGUGGAGAGCAUUCAAGGCUCCUCUCUUCUGCCGGUCAACAUGGACAGGAAGAUUACCCUCACAGGACGCAACCUGCAUCUGUACAAGGAUGACGAGUUGGACUAUGAGUGUGUGCUGACCGUAGAGGGACAGGCUGUUGUGGUGGACGCCUUCGUCGAAGCGGAUGAGGCACAGUCCUCCUUAUUCUUCAUCACCUGCCAACUGCACAAGUAUUCCUACUCGGCUGUUGUGGAGGAGUACAGCGCUCUGGUCUCUGUGAGGAGGAGGAACGCCUUCCAUAUGGACACUGUCCAGGACCUGCACGUGACUCUGUAUAACUGCUCGGUGGGCCGCUCGGACUGCAGCCGCUGCCACACGGCGGAUCAGAAGUACGGCUGUGUGUGGUGUGGCGAGCUCUCCAGCUGCCUCUUCGGUGACUCCUGUGCGGACGAGGUGCAGCAGACAUGCCCAGCACCUGUCAUCCACCUGAUUGAGCCUCUCUCUGGCCCCAUAGAGGGUGGCACCACUGUCACCAUCUCUGGCUCUAACCUUGGACAGAGAGCUGAGGACAUCCAGCACUCUGUCACCCUGGCUGGGGUUCCCUGCAAUGUCAUCCCAAGUAGCUACGAGGUCUCAUCGAGGAUUGUGUGCAAGACAACAGCCAGUGGAGGGGAACGAAGUGGCCAGGCCUCAGUGGAGGUCAAGGACGGAGGAGUCGGCCUCUCAAAACAGAGGUUCCACUUCCAGGAUCCGACGCUGACGGACGUGUUCCCUCAGAGGGGCCCGCUGGCCGGAGGCACGCUGCUCACCAUCACUGGCCAGAGCCUACGCACGGGCAACCUGCGGGACAUCGCCGUUCUCAUCGGAGGAGUGCCCUGUGCCAUUUCCUCUGAGGUGCAGGAUGGUCACAUCGAGUGUGUGACCGGCAGCAGCAACAGGACUGGGGAGUACAGUGUGGUGGUUCGCUUCAAUAGGGCAGAGCGCCAUCUGCAGGCCGUUCCCUUUCAUUACUGCCCUGAUCCUAAUGUCACACAGGCGGCUCCAUCCAGAAGCUUCCUCAGUGGUGGGCGGACGAUUCGAGUGUCUGGACACAACCUGGACGUAGUUCAGAAGCCACGGAUCCGCGUGACGCUCACGCCACUCACGCCUCACGCACAGAAGAAAAAGAAAAGGAAGAGGAGGAAGAGUGAAGAAAGGGAAAGUAGGUCGCUCAAAAGGUUACGCCGGAUUGUUCCGGAGCCUGGCUGUCCGGAGGGAGUACUCUGCACAGUGAAACAGUUUGAAGAGCGCUGUGCGGUGAACAGCUCUUCUCUGAUCCUGUGUGGGACGCCAGCUGUGGGGGCGGAGGCGCUCCAUGCCCAGGUGAAGGUGGACUUCCUGCUGGACAAUGUCCUCUUCAGCUUCGGGGCUGUCAGCGGAGGGGAUGCCUUCAGCUACGAGCAGAAUCCCGUCCUCCGACCGCUCAACCAACACGACCCCAGCAAGCCCUAUCGCCACAAGCCUGGCAGCAUCAUCUCGGUCGAGGGUGAAAACUUAGACUUGGCCAUUUUCAAAGAGGAGGUGGUGGCUGUCAUUGGAGAGGGUGUUUGUGCCGUCAAAACUCUGACCCGUAACCACCUGUACUGUGAACCACCUUCCCAGCAGCCCUCAGUGGAGGCAUUGAAGAGCCGUGAGGGUGCAGAUGUGCUCCCAGAAUUCACAGUCAGAAUGGGGAACCUGAACUUCUCUUUGGGCCGAGUGCAGUACGACACCCAGAGUCAGUCCACCUUUCCUCUGGAGGCCCAGGUGGGAGUCGGGGUAGGGGCUUCCAUUGUGGCCCUCAUUGUGUUGAUCAUCGUCUUAAUAUACAGGAGGAAGAGCAAACAGGCUCUGAGGGACUAUAAGAAAGUCCAGAUUCAACUGGAGAACUUGGAGACCAGUGUGAGAGACCGCUGCAAGAAGGAAUUCACCGACCUGAUGACAGAGAUGAUGGACAUUGAUCUGGUGGGAUCUGGGACCCCAAUCCUGGACUAUCGUACGUACGCUGAGAGGAUCUUCUUCCCUGGCCAUAAGGAGUCACCGCUCAGGCGAGAUCUGGACGUCCAGGAAUGUCGCCGGGCCACAGUGAAGCAGGGCCUGGUGCAGCUCUCCAACCUGCUCAACAGCAAACUGUUCCUCACCAAGUUCAUCCACACCCUCGAGGGCCAGCGGACGUUCUCCCCGCGGGACCGGGCCUACGUGGCCUCCCUGCUGACCGUGGCUCUCCACGGCAAGCUGGAGUACUUCACCGACAUCCUGAAGACCCUGCUCAGCGACCUGGUGGAGCAGUACACCGCUAAGAACCCCAAACUCAUGCUCAGGAGGACCGAGUCAGUGGUGGAGAAACUGCUGACAAACUGGAUGUCGAUCUGCCUCUACUCAUUCCUCAGGGACUCAGCGGGGGAGCCUCUGUACAUGAUGUUCAGAGCCAUAAAACACCAGGUGGAUAAGGGCCCUGUGGACGCUGUGACAGGCAAGGCCAAAUACACACUCAAUGACAACCGGCUGCUCCGCGAGGAUGUGGAGUACCGCACACUGACCCUAAAUGUCUUAGUGACUGGAGGAGGUGCCAAUGAAACCCAAACGAUGCCCACCAAGGUGCUGGACUGUGACACCAUCACCCAAGUGAAGGAGAAGGUUCUGGAACAGACCUGGAAGGGCAUGUCCUACUCCCUGAGGCCUCCGACGGACUCUCUUCACCUGGAAUGGCGAGCAGGGACGGCAGGUCACCUGAUUCUGUCAGAUGAGGACCUCACAUCUGUAGUACAGGGGACAUGGAAACGACUCAACACUCUACAGCACUACAAGGUCCCUGAUGGAGCCACUGUGACACUGGUGCCUCGUCACUCUAAGCACAUCCACCACGACAGCCACGACUACACGCCCGGCGAGAAGACGCCCAUGCUGGACGAUGGCGAUGAGGGGGGCAUGAGGCUGUGGCACCUGGUGAAGGCCAGCGAGGAGCCAGAGCUGCCCAAGCACAGGAGGGCCAGCCUGAGGGAGAGGGAGCGCGAGAGGGCCAAGGCCAUCCCAGAGAUCUACCUCACACGCCUGCUCUCCAUGAAGGGGACACUGCAGAAGUUUGUGGACGACCUGUUCCAGGUGAUCCUGAGCACCAGUAGGCCUGUGCCCCUGGCUGUCAAGUACUUCUUUGACCUCCUGGACGAGCAGGCUCUGCAGCACAACAUCACUGACCCAGAGACGGUCCACAUCUGGAAAACCAACAGCCUACCCCUAAGAUUCUGGGUCAACAUACUGAAGAACCCACACUUCAUUUUUGAUGUGCACACCUCUGAUAAUGUGGAUGCCGUGCUGUCGGUCAUCGCCCAGACCUUCAUGGACUCAUGCACCAUUGCUGACCACAAGCUGGGCAGGGAUUCCCCCAUUAACAAGUUGCUCUAUGCCAGAGACAUCCCGCGCUACAAGCAGAUGGUGGAGAGGUAUUAUGCUGACAUCAGGCAGACGAUUUCAGCCAGUGAUCAGGAAAUGAAUUCUGCGCUUGCAGAGCUGUCAAGGAAUUACUCUGGUGAGGUGAAUUGCCUUGUGGCUUUGCACGAGCUAUACAAGUACAUCAACAAAUAUUAUGAUCAGAUCAUUAGUGCACUGGAAGAGGACCCCACGGCCCAGAAGAUGCAGCUGGGGUACCGGCUCCAGCAGAUCGCUGCCGCCGUGGAGAACAAAGUCACUGACCUAUGACCUUACACACUGGACAUUUCAGCCCGACUCUGAUUGAUGCAGGUCAGGCAGACUCUGGAUAACUGGCAGAAAGCUGGGUCACUCAAAGGGAAGACUGGCGAGUACUGUAAAUGACCUCCGCGUGAGCUGGAGAUGUUUGUCCAGAGUGCCGGAGGACAGGAGGAGACGGAGAUGGGUGAAGCUGGCAGAGGUAUGAAGGAAGGACUGGUCUCCAUCAUCAUCCACCAGAUGAGGCUUUAAGCCUCAGCAGCGACUCUUGAAGGACUGGUCUCCAUCAUCAUCCACCAGAUGAGGCUUUAAGCCUCAGCAGCGACUCUUGAAGGACUUGACAUGGCCACUGUUACAGUAUUCUUUGCCAGUUCUCUGCAAGUUAUCUGCAUUUGUCUGGGCAUUUCUACUUCACAUCACCCUUGUGUGCACACGUGUAUGCCCACGGUGUGUUCCUGAGAGAAUUGUCCUUUAAGAGAGACUGAUUUGUAUGAGAGGACUUGACGAUGUCGAUAGCACUGGUGUUUACCAAGUGCUUGAGUGGGAUUUCAUGUUGGUAUAAACAUAGAAAGAGUCAGUGCAACAGGAAAAGUAUGAGAGUUGAUGUCCUCUUCUGUUUCCCUGGCUGUCCUCCUUUGUGUCUUACUUCUGUAGUGAUUUGUGAAGUUUUUUAAAAGUUUAUUCAUGAGAGUAUUGUGGGCUCUUAUAAAAUUGCAUAAUUGUAGCUUAGUGGGGUUACCCUGAGUGUUCCAAAACACAACAGGUCUUAAAACAUCAAAAUGAAUAGAUGUUAUAUAAAAUAUAAGAAUUUAAACAAUUGGAAAGGUGACCUCAAUUGACCCAAUAUUUUUUCUAGAGCACAUAGUAAAUGAAAAUGAUUAAAGCAAAGUGAAGCAAAGUUUAAACUGAAUUAAAACUGGAUCUCAAAAACCAAAGAGAGCCAAAAACAGAAAAAAUAAAAAUAAUUUUUUAUUUUAUUUUCCCCCAGUGACCACCAGAUGUCAGCUUUCUUAAACUAUUCACCCAGCAACUACACUUAACUAGAUGUUUGGAGAUGGUAAAAAAAACAUAUUAUAAAAUGACCUGAAACACAGUACUUAAAUAUAUAAAAGUAAUUAGAAUAUGUUGUUGAUCCCAAAAGACACCAGUUCAAAGUAAAUGCUGUUCAGAAUGUUUCAGGUUAUAGAAAUCCCUAUGUUUACUGGUUUAAUUGAAAGAAUGCAUACCCAACUUAAUGAAAUUCCAGAAAUGAAAAUGAAAGUUUUAGCGAUUGUCAUUUACUGGCUGAAGUAUAUUUAAGGCGCUUUUACUGGAGGUGUCAAACACGAUUACUUAUAUCACUGAGUCCAUUUUAUUUAUUAAUUUAUUUAUUUUUGACAGUUUGCUGCUGUAACAGCUUCUCAAUUUAAAAUUAAAGACCAAAAGUUGGAGCUUCUGUCAAAAGCAUUUUAUAAAAUGUCUCCUCUCACUCCUGUCCCUGGUUCCCAGUUUUUCCACAAUGAAGGAAUGAAGGGUUGGAAUAUUCCAUGUUUUUUUUCAAUGAAUGCAUGUUUACAAAACUACAUCAGUCCCGUGCUGAACAUGAUGAAUGCUUUUCCAUGGCUUUUAAAUAAUGUACACCGUUGCAAGUUUGGAAGGGUGAUAAUCUAAAUGUAAUUGGAAUUGAAAUUGUGGAUUGAUGUCACUGCCAUUCUCAGUGGCAUUGUAAAUAGAGUUGUAUGUACUGUAUCACCAUUGCUUUUUGUGGUCGGAUCUCGGAUGAAGAGCGUAGUUCAUGCAAAGCAAACAAUAAAGUCCUCUGCAGGUCC